AUGCCCACAAUCCUCAUCACCGGAGCCGCAGGCUUCAUCGGCCAACUCCUCGCCACUCAUCUCCUAACCGUCCAUCCCACCGCCCCAGACAACAAACUAAUUCUCACCGAUAUAAUCGAACCACCCAUUCCCUCCCAAGCAAAAUAUCCUCAAAAUGUUCAAACCAUCCAAGCAGACCUUUGCAACGCAUCAUCACUCAGCUCCCUGCUAUCUACAGCCAGCAUCAUAGACACCAUCUUUAUAUUCCACGGCAUCAUGAGUUCUGGCUCUGAACAAAAUUUCUCCCUAGGAAUGACCGUGAACCUCCACUCUACACUCUCGCUACUGGAGGGUAUACGAACAUCAAUAUUAACCCAAACCGCAUCUCCAUUACAGGCCUCAGGAAAACGAAACCCAAAACCAGUGCGAGUAAUCUACGCCUCCUCCCUCGCCGUCUACGGGCGACCCCUCCCCUCAACCAUAAACGAGACCACACACCCCACACCCGAAAGUUCGUACGGGGCGCAAAAGCUCGCCUGCGAGACACUUAUCCAAGAUUAUAUCCGCAGGGGAUAUAUCACCGGUUUAUGUCUACGAUUUCCCAGCAUCAGUAUCCGACCCGGGGCACCCACUGCUGCCGCGAGUUCAUUUUUGAGCGGUAUGAUUCGUGAGCCGAUGAGGGGAAAGGAAUGUGUAAUUCCGAUUUGCGAUCGGGGGUUUAUGAGCUGGAUGUGUAGUCCGAGGAAGUUGGUCGAGAAUUUGGUGUGGGCGGGGGAGAUGGAUUUCGAUUUAGAGGAGCUGAAGCUGGAUACGCAUCGCAGGGUGGUGAAUCUUCCGGGGAAAGGAGCUAGUGUGCAGGAGAUGUUGGAUGCGUUGGUAGCAGUUGGGGGAGAGGAAAAAUUAAAGUUUAUUAGGGAGGUGGAAGAUGAGGGGACGGUGAAGAUUUUGAGGAGUUGGGGGGUAAGGUAUGAUAAUGCGUUUGCGUUGGGAUUGGGGUUUAAGGAGGAUAGGGGAUUUGAACAGGCGGUUAGGGAUUAUGUUGAUGGGUUGGAGGGGUGA